AUGUCACUGUUGCGUACCAACAAAGUUGCAAAUGCCCAAAAAAUGUUCUUCAAAACUCUGCUUCUCUUCUUCCUCUUCCGAUUUUGCGAUUCCAGGGACACCAUAACAUGGAACCAAGAACAACUGAAGGAUGAUGGUGGAGUUUUAGUGUCCAAACAGAGCAAGUUAGAAUUGUGUUUCUUCAGCCCCGGAAAUUCUAGCAACUGGUAUGUUGGAAUUUGGUAUUCUCAGACUAGAGUAUCUAAUAAAACAGUGGUGUGGGUUGCAAACAGGAACAAUCCCAUCAAUGAUACCUCUGGUGUGCUCAAAAUAAACAGGUAUGGAGAACUAGUCCUUUAUGCUUAUAACAAGGAGAGCACUCCUAUUUGGUCUACUAAUGUGUCGCGGUCGGUUCAAAAUGUUAACAUAAGCACUUUAUCUGCACAGCUUUUAGAUACAGGAAAUCUAGUUGUGUUCCAGGAUGAUAAUAAUGAAAACUUUUUAUGGCAAAGCUUUGAUCAUCCUAUAGAUACUUUAAUUCCAGGUAUGAAAGUUGGGGUGAAUUGGAAAACUGGGAAAGAAUCGGUUUUAACAUCUUGGAAGUCACAAGAUGACCCUGCAAUUGGGGACUCUACCUUAAGGCUCUAUCCAAAUCAGAUUGCAUCCCCUGAAAUUUUUAUGUACAAGGGUUUGAGUAAGUAUUCGCGAAGUCUAGGGCCAUCGCCUAGUGUGGUCACUAAUCAAGAGGAAACUUAUUAUCUCAUGGAUGACACCAAUGCAAUUACAAGAGCAACAGUGAUUGAUUCUGUGCACAAGCGCUUUACAUGGGAUGAUGGUGGCCUUCAAUGGAAGGAAGAAUACUCUUAA